AUGUCUAUGAAACCCGCCAACCCCGCGGUGACCUUGGACUCGCUACCCAAUGAAGUAUUUAUCCAAAUCCUAUCCGACUUCUCAACUCGGGCACUGCUCCCACUCACAUCAGUCAACCACCGAUUCCACGCCUUAGUACUGAGAAUCAUUCACUACCGUCUACUGCUCAGCACGCCGCUCAGGGAAUACGAAUUACUGCUAGAAUGCUUCCAUCCGAGCUCAAAGCUCACCGAGCCACCCGUUUUCUGCAAAUAUCUCGGUACAGAUGGAUUAAAUGAGCAUCAUGAUUGCGCAGGUUCGUUAUACGAGAAUGUCGAUACUGCCCGCCAGCUGGGUCAAGUGACAGGGCUAUAUUCGCGCUUCCGGCCAGAGGUAAGGAAGGAAGAAGAACAACCAAGUACAAAUGGCUCCAAGUUCGGUUUCUCGCCAGGUAGGACGCUUCUGUUGUCGGGGGUAGUGGGGUUCAUACGGGCUGACAUAAAUGGGGGUCGAGAGGGCAAUGGAGGUGAUGCAGUGAUACGUGAGGUUACUUUGGAUGGAUAUGAGUUUUUCUCUCAGUUAUGUGUGGUGGCCAACCUUGUACAAGUCAAGCCGGGGACGUCAUUGCUGCUGAGUGCAUCGACAAUUGAGGACGGAGUAAUUCGGUUAUGGAGGGAGUGGCUGCGGGAUCAAAGUGAUGAGAAAAUAAAGAAGACUUCUGAGACCGACUUGGAAGACGACCCGGACGAGCCUCGGACGUCCUCCGGCGAGGAUAUACUGUGGGUGGAUAUCAGGAAGACCGUUGGGCUGAAAAUGCGCGUGCGGCCGAAGGCGUGGGAUCCGUCUUUCCCAGUGCUCAUACAUCAGGAUGAUCAGAAUGAUGACUCUUCCGUCGGGUUUGAGGUUAUUUUGCAAGGUGAGUCGCUUAUACAAUGGGGAAAAUCCCAUGUUGACUUGAUAGAACUAUACAUCCGCUCUACGCGCUUGUUGCUAGCUGUCGAGCAGUCAAAAGAAGAGCAAAAGGUUCAGCAAACCAACGUAUUGGUGAUUGGGGGUCCCCCCAUCUCUGUAUAUUGA